AUGAGAUAUGGUGAUCAAGGACGUAGGGCGACUAAGAUAUUUGAGGUAGGAGGUAGGGAGACUGGAAAGAGUCGAAUGCGUGCCAGGCAAUUGAUGUCCAGUCCAAAUUACAAUCCUCAUAAUCUUAAACAAAUCUUCAUGAGCUUGAUUAACAUCCAGCCUCAUAAUCAUUCAGUUCAGACUUCGCCACCAAAACACCAUCAGUGCUUACGAAAAUGCAAUUGGCCCAAAAUCAUGCAAGUUUACGCCGCCUGUCAUGCGAUCUUCUUAGCUUCCAGUCGCCCGCCUUUCUCUGGAUGUUCGGCUGAGGCUGCCAUUCAUCAUCGGUAG